ACAAUUGCAAAAAUAUAUCCUUUUCAAUUUUCAUGCCUAACGAAAGUUUUAGUCGGGGCCCUUUUACAAAAUAGAGCCACUCGGGGAAUCACUCCCUGCCAAGACCCAAAAAUAAUCCUGUUUUGCCUGUCAACAAUUUCCCACCACAAUUUUUCAUACACUCUCCUCGACUUGUUCACCUUCCUUCAUUCCCUCUUGUCAAAGGACAAUUCCUCACCAAAUUAGUAAUUCUCAUGGACACUCUUCCUACAUCAGUUUCUUCACUCACAGUUCCAAAGGCAAAUUCCUCACCAAAUCUCCGUAGAUACUCUGCUGAUUUCCACCAUUUCAAGAAUCCUUUUACUACAUCAUACCACUUCACUUUCCCAAAGCCAACCUCAAUCUCAAACAAAACCAACUCUUUUACACACAGAAAAACUCCCAACCUCCCAUUUUUAAUCAAACAAACCUCCACCAAGCAACAACAAACACCUCAUACAGUUCAUACAAGAGCUUCAAGUGGCUAUGCAGCAGCACUUGUAGACAUAGCUAACACACACAACUCACUCGAAAAACUCGAUAAAGACAUGCGAAAGUUAUCAAGAAUGUUAAGAAAUGAUGCCAUAAGUACUCUUAUGAAAGACCCUUUUGUUGGAAAUCAAGAAAAAGGGUAUGUUGUUAAGGAGAUAUUGUCUAAGGGGAAUUUCAACAAACAUUUGGCGGGCGUAAUGAAGAUUUUGGUUGAUAAGGGUAAAAUGGGAAUUUUGAAUGAAGUGUUGAUGGAAUUUGAGAGGAUUUAUGAUAAGCUUUGUGGGACACAAGUUGUUUUGGUUUCAUCAGAGAUGAAAUUGGAGAAAGAUAAAGUGUUGGGAAUUGCUAAGAAGGUACAUGAGCUUAGUGGGGCUGAAAGAGUGAAGGUUAAGGUGAGAAAUUUGGUUGAUGAUGAUAAGAAAAGGUCAAGAUCCUUUGCUCUGCAAUGACAUAACUUUUGAACAUACACCAGAAACGCUGGUUCAACAUUUAGAGUUAGUGAAUUCUGCUCUUUAUGUACGUGUUGAGUUUAAUGAUUUUUAUAUGUAUGUACGAAGAUUAUGUUUGUGUCUACAUAAUCAGAAACCUUUCUGGGUAUUAGGUACAUAUAUGUGAUUGAAGUUAUGAAUGAUGAAGAGCCAAAAACUGAUACUUGAAAAAAAAAACAGCCUGGUGUAUGAAGUAUAUAUAUCUUGCAUUCACACAACAUUAGGGGAAAGGGUUGUGUGCAAAUAAGAUGUAACCUAGGUAAUCUACCUUGACACAAGCAUUAUUGCCCGAUUCAAUCCAUGACAAACAUAAUUAUAUGAAGUGUUAUCUCCAUGCUAAGUCAA